GCAAGUAUGUUUUUCUACAUUGUAGAUUUUUUUCAUCCUAAAAAUAUGCCUUUGUUAUGACGAUAUUCACACAAAACAGUAUUUAUUUUGCAGUCCCUGAGUCAUGUUUACGUAUAGCUAUGCAGCUGAUCAUGAAGAUUCUCGGAAUCAUCACACGUUUAGAACCAAAGGAUCCCUUCUUUAAUGUACAUCAAAAACACUCACACAAUGAAAAAAAACACAUUAUUUUCUCGCCAAAAAAUUAAGAAUACAGACACCGUUGUGUUGGGUGCAGAUGCUCACUUUGCAUGCUACACCAUGGCGACUGGUAAAAGCACGUCACGUGACGCACGGUGCCAGACUUCUGUGUUGCACUCUUAAGUGGCCUGCCAACUGCAGAGGGGGGCAGAGAGGCAUCCUUCUCCGCUGGAUUCACAUCAAUGCCAAACCAGCGGGUCAACAUUGUCCUCUACGCAGCCUCCUAUGCCUCUUACACCUCCUGCUGAGCCGGACCCGGAACUAAAGAUGAACUGGGCAUCGUUUUAUGCAGUCAUCAGCGGUGUGAACAGACACUCCACAGGCAUUGGUCGCAUCUGGAUCUCUGUCCUGUUCAUUUUCCGAAUUCUGGUUCUGGUGGUUGCAGCCGAGAGCGUGUGGGGUGACGAGAAGUCCGGCUUCACCUGCAACACCCAGCAGCCGGGUUGCAACAGUGUCUGCUAUGACCACUUCUUCCCCAUCUCCCACAUCCGCCUCUGGGCACUCCAGCUCAUCCUGGUCUCCACUCCCGCCCUACUUGUAGCCAUGCACGUGGCCCACCGCCGCCACGUCGACAAGAGGCUCUACAAACUCUCAGGGCGGACCAACCCCAAAGAUCUGGAGCAGAUAAAGACUCAAAAGAUGAAAAUCACCGGGGCUCUCUGGUGGACAUACGUCAUUAGCCUGUUGUUCCGUAUUGUCUUAGAAGUGAUCUUUAUGUAUUUGUUUUACAUGAUCUACCCUGGUUAUAAGAUGAUCCGGCUGGUGAAGUGUGACUCUUACCCCUGUCCCAACACAGUGGACUGCUUCGUGUCGAGGCCUACAGAGAAAACUGUCUUCACUGUGUUCAUGCUGGCUGCGUCAGGGGUCUGUAUUCUGCUCAACAUUGCCGAGGUGGUGUUCUUGGUGGGGAAGACCUGCAGUAAGCAUUUGCACACUGCUGGAGACUCAACCAUGGGGGCUUGGAUCCAAAAGAAGCUCUUCUCGUUCUAAGAAAACACGCAGAUUUCAUACUUGCACAUAGGGAGAUAUGUAUGUGACUUUAGAUCCAGGUGGAAGCCAACAAUAUAACUUGUGAGUACACCAUAUUGUUUUGCUGAUUUAAAUCCAACUCUUUGUCAUGGCACUGUGGGCAGUUUGUGCAGAUGAACUUUGUGAGGCUUCUCUCAAUGGCCGAAGCGCAUGGAGCUCCCAGCUAAGCAGAGAAACGACGCAGAUCUCGGCAGUCCUCGGCAGACCUCGGCAGAACUCGGCAGAACUCGGCUGCUCCAAGCUCCGUGCACAGGCGCCACACGGGGAAGUCAAAGUCAUUCAUCAAAAUACACUGCUCACACAAAGAUGACACAGAGCUGGAUUCAAAUUGGCAAGAUAUCCCUUUAAUACUUCAAAGAAUUCCUGCAGGAACUGCAGUCUACUGUAUCAACAUUUUAUGCCAUAAAUUGAAAGACUGUAUACAAGAGCCCUUUGUACUGACAUAACAUAAUAAUAGCUAGAUGUUUGGCCAAAUGAAGAUCAAUUAAGUAACAUUUAAUGAAGCAAUAUUCCAAAUUACCACGUUUUAGGCUUUCACUAUAAUAGACUUAGAUAUUGAUGAAGAAUUUUGGUCUUGAAAUGAAAAUAAUAAAUCAUGAAAUGUGACUCAUGCUAAUUUGAAACCAUCAGAUUGUGUCAGAGAAGUGGAAUGGAAAUACGAUGUGGUAAUAUUUUAAUUUAUAAUAUUUUAUUAUUUAAAUUAAAUACGAUUGCAAAUGACAUGCUUCUGCCUAAAUCACCAUGGAUUGAAUGUAAGGGGAAUGGAGGAUGUUUGGCUUUUCUUCAGCUGUUAUUAGUGAGAUGUUAUACUAAUACAUGAAAAACAUCUGAAAUGUUUGUUUCAUAAUGAUUCUUUACUUUAGCUGUUAAAUGGUUCCUUUAGAUGUAAAAAAAGCAAUAAUUCACAACAUAAAAAACUUGAAUUGCAAACUGAAGUUUACUAGUGAUUGCUAAACAAGUUAUUUAAAUUAAUUUACUUUGAAACUGGAUGUUUAUAUAUUUUCUGCACACAGCAGAAUAAAAUCAACCGGAGUUUGUGUAA